AUGACUACAGGUAUCAAUGUUGUCAACACGGAUGAUUCAAAGAGUGUGAGUAGUAAAUCCACGGAAUGUCAGCUGUUGGAUUCGGACUACGACUCUAAAGGGUCACAAGUUCAUACCGACAACAACAAUCAUGAUGAAACAAUUAAAUACACAGGCUUGCUUGGUACCGUUAUGAAUUUGACGGUAUCGAUCAUUGGCGGUGCUAUUUAUGCGUUACCGUAUAGUGCCGCGCAGGUUGGUUGGUCAAUCGCUAUCGGGCUGAUGGUUUUUGGUGCUGUUUUAACGUGGUUUGGUAUCCACUUACUCGGAAGUAUCGCAAAUAUAAUUGGCAACCGUCAAACAACGUUUGGCUUGGCUUUGGAGAUGUCCUAUCCCUGUCUCACUAUAAUCGUCGAUUUAGUGGUCGUAUUCUUGGGGUGGUGUGUAGCGGUAGUCUAUUUGACUGUCGCCUCCACCGUCAUGCCAAAUGUCAUGGCCGAUUUUAUGGAUGUGGAAACCCAAAGCCCUAGCACUCCGAUCUUCGUAGAAGCCUGGUUCUGGCUUGCCAUUUUCUGGGUCGGACUUGCGCUACCUCUGUCGAUGACACGGACGCUCUUCUUCGUGGCACCAGCUGCGUUGGCUGCGGUCAUCUGUGUUGGCUACACAGCAUUCAUAUCUUUCGGAUACUUAGUAGGGAUUUUUGAUCCAUGCGCGGGAGUCUCGGCGUCAUGCCAAGGUGAAGUAGAUGUCGCUGUGUGA